AUGACAGUACAUCAAAAUGACACCAGCUCCACUGGGCUUUCAGGCUUCCUCCUGAAUUGUUUUGUCAGGGUCCCUAACUGGCAACUCUGGCUGUCCCUGCCCUUCAGCUUCCUCUUCCUCCUGGCCAUGGGGGCCAAUGCUGUUCUUCUGGUCACCAUCAGGAUGGAGGCUGCUCUGCACGAGCCCAUGUACUACCUGCUCAGCCUCCUCUCCCUGCUAGACAUUGUGCUCUGCCUCACCGUCAUCCCCAAGGUCCUGGCCAUCUUCUGGUUUGACAGCAAAUCUAUCAGCUUCUCUGCCUGCUUCCUUCAGAUGUUCAUCAUGAAUAGCUUCUUAGCCAUGGAGUCCUGCACCUUCAUGGUCAUGGCCUUUGAUCGCUAUGUGGCCAUCUGCCACCCGCUGAGAUAUCCAUCCAUCAUCAACGACCAAUUUGUAAUCAAGGCUGCCAUUUUCGUUUUGGCCAGAAAUGUCUUUUUGCCUAUGCCCAUCCCUAUCCUCUCGGCGCGACUUCAUUACUGCGGGGAAAAUGUCAUUGAGAACUUCAUCUGUGCCAAUAUGUCUGUCUCCAGGCUCUCUUGUGAUGACGUCACUGUUAAUCGCCUUUACCAGUUUGCUGGAGGCUGGACUCUGCUGGGCUCGGACCUCAUCCUCAUCUUCCUCUCUUACACCCUCAUCCUGAGAGCUGUGCUGAGACUCAAGACAGAGGGCGCUGUGGCCAAAGCCCUAAGUACAUGCGGCUCCCACUUCCUCCUUAUUCUCUUCUUCAGCACCAUCCUCCUGGUCUUUGUCCUCACACAUGUGGCUAGGAGAAAAGUCUCCCCCGAUGUGCCAGUCUUGCUCAAUGUCCUCCACCAUGUCAUCCCCGCGGCCCUGAACCCCAUAGUUUAUGGGGUGAGAACCCAGGAGAUCAAGCAAGGGAUCCAGAGGUUGCUGAAGAAAGGGAGAUCCUAA